CCCUCAACCAACUCGCCGUCGACCAUGUCUGUCGCCCACAUCUCGCGCUCAGUUGUCAAGACGGUCCUCGCUCGUGAGACGCCCGAGGGCGCAGGGGCCAUGGUGCGCCGCUCGAUCGGCACGCCCGCCCUGCGCAACUUCAGCCCGUUCCUCAUGCUCGACAACUUCGUCGUCAAGGAGGGCGCCGGCUUCCCCGAUCACCCGCAUCGGGGCAUGACGACGCUCACGUACCUCUUGGCUGGCGAGUUCGAGCACGAGGACUUCAAGGGCCACAAGGGCCGCAUCGGCCCCGGCGACCUUCAGUUCAUGAUCGCCGGUCGCGGCAUCAUGCACAGCGAGAUGCCUGUGCAUGGACACGGCAAGGAGGACCCGGUUGGCCUGCAGCUCUGGAUCGACCUGCCCAAGGAACACAAGAUGGUCGAGGCGUCGUACCAGGAGCGCAAGGCGGCCGAGAUCAGCUCUGCGCACCCGUCGCCCGACACGACCAUCAAGGUCGUCUGCGGCGAGGCGCAAGGGUCGGCCGACGAGGGCCUCGUCAAGGGCAACGUGCGCCCGCUCGGCGGGUGCUGGUUCCUCCACUUUGUCAUGGGCAAGAAUGGCGAGCGCGUGUGGCAGCCGGUGCCCGCCGGGUGGAACGCCUUCAUCUAUACCCUCAAGGGCCUGACUCGCGUCGGCGCGUCCUCAUCGUCCUCGUCGACGUCGAGCGGCGCCCUCGCGGCGCCCAUCGAGCAGUACCACACGGCGGUCCUGUCGAACGAGGAGGGCACGACGGGCGUCUGGCUCGAGGCGGCGAGCGACGACGUGAGCUUUGUGCUUGUCGCCGGCGAGCCACUCGACCAGCCGGUCGUGCAGCACGGCCCGUUCGUCAUGACCUCGCAGCAGGAGAUCAUGCAGACCUUUAUGGACUACCGCGGCGAGACCAACGGCUUUGAGGGCGCGCAUGGGUGGCGGUCCGAGAUCGGGAAGAAGAUGACCGACGACAUGUAGAUACAGUGCGCAAUGCAGACGAGCUCAAUGGCA